UAUAGUUCUAUAGUUUGUGCAUAGUACACAGGUACACAGGUAGUAAAACGGUGGGGCGGAUAGGAUACAAUCGGAUACCGAACCUCUAUUAAUAUGGCGAAUCCCAGUGAUCGAGGUGUACAGCAAGCCAGACGGUCAGUCAAUCGCGACCCUACCUGCCCCAUCGUUGUCCCGCUACAAGUGUAACAAAGAUGCGGGAGUGUAUAUCAAUACACAUUGGCCAAGCGGGCGUGCAAAUGGGAAAUGCUUGCUGGGAAUUAUAUUGUCUAGAACAUGGGAUCCAUCCCGAUGGUCAGAUGCCCAGUGAUACCACAGUGGGGUAUGGAGAUGAUUCCUUCAACACAUUUUUCUCUGAGACUGGAUCAGGAAAACACGUGCCUAGAGCUGUCUUUGUCGAUUUAGAACCCACGGUAGUAGACGAAGUUCGCACUGGAACCUACAAGCAAUUAUUUCACCCAGAACAAUUGAUAACUGGGAAAGAAGAUGCAGCUAAUAAUUAUGCAAGGGGGCAUUAUACCAUAGGCAAGGAAAUCGUUGAUCUGACUCUGGAUAGAGUUCGGAAACUUGCCGAACAAUGUAAAGGUCUUCAGGGUUUUCUGAUCUUCCAUUCCUUUGGGGGAGGUACGGGGUCGGGAUUCUCUAGUUUACUCAUGGAAAGACUGUCUGUCGAAUAUCCUAAACGGAGCAAGUUGACUUUCAGCAUCUAUCCAGCACCUCAGGUAUCAACCGCAGUGGUCGAGCCCUACAAUGCAAUUCUUUAUACACAUCCAACAUUGGAACAUUGCGAAGUUGCAUUCAUAGUUGACAACGAGGCAAUCUACAAGCUAUGCAGGAGAAACUUAAACAUCGAUCGGCCUACUUAUACUAAUUUGAAUCGCCUAAUCGGUCAAAUAGUUUCAUCUAUCACAGCCAGUCUAAGAUUCGAUGGAGCUCUGAACGUGGACCUCACGGAAUUUCAGACAAACUUGGUUCCCUACCCAAGAAUUCACUUUCCACUGGCAACGUAUGCACCUGUAUUAUCUGCGGAGAAAGCUGGACACGAACGGAUAGCCGUAGCGGAAAUUACCAGCUCGUGUUUUGAGCCUAAUCAUCAGAUGGUUAAUUGUGAUCCCCGAAAAGGAAAAUACAUGGCGGUUUGUAUGCUUUACAGAGGAGACGUCGUGCCGAAAGAUGUAAACGCUGCCAUUUCGAUGAUUAAGAGACAAAAGCAUGUCCAGUUCGUUGAGUGGUGUCCGACUGGAUUCAAGGUGGGAAUUAAUUAUCAACCACCGACAGUAGUUCCUGGAGGCGACCUAGCUAAAGUGGAAAGAGCCGUUUGUUGCUUAUGUAACACUACAGCCAUUGUUGAGGCCUGGGCUAGAAUAGAUCACAAAUUCGAUCUGAUGUACGCCAAGAGAGCAUUUGUACAUUGGUUCGUUGGCGAAGGCAUGGAGGAAGGAGAAUUUUCAGAAGCCAGAGAAGAUCUUGCUGCCCUCGAACUAGAUUACCGCGAGGUUCAAGAAGAUGCAGUAAACACUGAAGAGGAAGACGAAUAUUAAGCGAUAUUUAUUAAGUAACAUAAAUGCCUGCUCCGUUGUAUCCUCUGUCCAGAAUAUAUGCAAUUUUCCGAAA